CUAGGCUUCUUGGGAAACAGGAUCUAAACUCAGACCCCUCCCUCCCACAGAAUGGACAACAGCCCUCUUCCCUCAGAUCUGGAAUCCUGGAGGCCCUAGACUUAGAAUCAAAGGUCCAGACCCUAACUCCUCCCUCAGACUUUGGGAACCCUCCUUGAAAUCCUGGAGUCUAGGAUCUAGCCUUCUCCCCUACUUAGACUCAUAGUCCGAGCUUUAGGACUCCAAGACCUAGCUUUCUCUGCUCAGACCCACUUAGGGUCCUAUACCCACUUCUCCUCCCUCAAAUAAAGAUCAGGACCUAGUCCUCCUUUCCUACUUAGCCCCAGGGACCCAGAUUCCAGUUUUGCUUCUUUCCUUCAAUCCAUGGUUCCCAUCACCAGCUCUCCCGCUUCCUCAGACCCAAGGGUUCAAUUCCCCAGACCUUGCCACUACCUCAGAUCCAGUGAUCCCAUCUCCCAGCCCUCCUCCAUCCCUCAUAGCAGAGGUCCAUGCCCCAGACACUCCAGGAGUCCAGGGCCAAUUGCAGACUGUCAGUCUGUCAGGAACUGAAGUCCCCUUCUCACUAUGCCAAGUGGAUAUUGACUCAGGUGAACUAGAAACCAUAGAGAUACUGCCUCCCAUGCUAGUCUGGCUUCCUGUAAGCCUGGUCCCUCGGCAAACUUGGAUAGACCAAACACAAAGAAAACAACCUGAGAUGCUCUGGUUUGUGCUCCCUCAUAGGGAACUGAGUCUCUCUGGGGAGCUGGAACUUUUGGCAUGAGACACCAUCACAACCACUAACAGUGUCUACAUCUCAAGCUCAGCUGGGCUAGGCAUGGUCAGUCCUGUCCCUGGCAUGUGAGGCCUGGUGCAGCCUGAGACUCCCAGGGCCACCUCCAUCAGCCAGCACUAUCCCUUCCUCCUCCUGAUUUGGUUGCUGGGGAAACCUUCUCUAACAAUGGGGCUCAAUGAGACCUGAAUGUCUUGGGCCAUUUUUCCUGGUUGCUAAAGUGGACUCCCUAGCAAUGAGGCUUUCUGAACUUGGACCACUAGAGGACACUGGGUUAAGAAAGAAAGGAAUUCUGUAGCUCAGAGAUCUUUCCUGUCCCAGAUCUGUACCCUGUCAGGUACCCCAUGGAAAAGGAGAAACAUCUCCAGACCCUGGUUUCUCGUUCCCUUGUCCUUUGCUAAGAAGGCUCUAAAUCUGAAAUCGCCCAUGCCCACCCACCUCUUCUCCAUAGAUGCUAAGGGAAGCUACUUCGUCCAGGGCACCCCUCCUUGUGAAUCCCUUGCUAACGGAACUCCCUGGCAACAGAACUAAGAAUUCUGGGGCUGAGGUUUUGGGGCGGGGCCAAGUUGUUGCUAGGGUGAUGUCCUUCAAGGUUUCUCUCCACAGAGGGCCCAGAGGUCUGGGGAGGUAACAUGGUAGGGUCUGGGGUCCCAGCUUUGGGCCUUCUCCUGCUGAUGCUGGGCUCAGUAGAUGCGAAUGGAAUCCAGGGAUUUUUCUAUCCAUGGAGUUGUGAGGGAGAUGUGUGGGACCGAGAGAGCUGUGGGGGUCAGGCCGCCAUUGAGAACCCCAACCUCUGCCUCCGCCUGCGAUGCUGCUACCGGGACGGUGUGUGCUAUCAUCAACGGCCGGACGAAAACAUGCGCAGGAAGCACAUGUGGGUGCUGAGCUGGACCUGCGGAAGCCUGCUCUUCCUGAUGGCCAGCAUGUGCUUCUUCUGGUGGGCCAAGCGCCAAAACAUGCUGCACCUGCCACAGUUUCUCGUGGGGAAAUGCGACCUGUCACGAACAGUCUCCCUACUGUCUAAGGACCGACCAUCGGUCAGCAAGAAGUCAACCACAGCUGGCACACCCGUCUCGGUGCCCAUGGAGGUGCUCGAACACUCAGGAGGAGGCACCGAACCGGAACUUACAGAAGCCGGGGAGGAUACAGAGGGAGAUGAUGAUUAGGGGCAGCCCUAUAGGACCCCUCAAUAUAGAUAUGGCAUAUAAAUGUGUGUCUUGUUUGGAAAUCUGUUGGGAGCAGGUGGCUUUAUGGGAACCACCAUGCUCCAUGUGGGUUUCGAGAAAGCUUAUGGGGCAAGGGACUGAGUUGGCACACUGAGUUGUUAUGAUUGGGGGCCAUGAAUUAAGUGUAUGUGAGGGUCUGGUUUGAGUGAGUUCUGGGGACAGGUAGCAUGUGUCUGAAUUGUGGAAGGGGACCAGAGGUCGUUCUGGGUGAGGGAGCUUGUGGUGAGCUACAAGGAAGUGAGCUUGCAGUAGGACAACUUGGGGUAUUAGGAACAUACAUAUCCAUGGGAAGUGUCCUAGGUUGUCCUGUUUCAGGGAGCACUGCUCUCACACUUCUCCUGCCCCGUAGCACCAAUGCCUGAGUGGGUACACAACAGUAUAGGCUUGGGGCUGGAAACAGGCUCGAUGGUUAAGAGCUCUGACAGGACUUCCAGGGGACCUGAGUUCAAUCCCCAGCAACCCACAUAACAGCUCACAACUGUCUGUAAAUCCAGUUCCAGGAGAUUCGACACCCAUGGCAAAACACCAAUGUACAUUUUAAAAAAAAAAAGAGGAGUAUGGGCACCAUCCAGCAAGGACUUCAGCUGUCCUGGAGUCCCCACUGGCCAAAUCUUUUCUUGGAAGUGUGUUGUCUGCAUUCAGACUCAGCCUGCCAAUUAGCUCUCUCUCCUAGUCUUGGAGGCAUCCUGCAUCAAUGCCACCCUCGAUAAGGACCACCCUCCCGCAGUAAAUAGCUUGCAAGUAUACCCCCGUUUCUGUUCUUGGAAGACCCAAACUACCCUAAUGGAUGUCUGGGCUGGGUGCAUGGGUCUGCACUG